GUCACUUCCUGCGAGGGCUGGUGAAGGCGGCGGCGCGCCGCUCGCUGACCGGCCGGGCCCCGCGCUGCUUCUACCCAUAACGCGCGGUAACCGGUACCUUGGGUGGUGACCGUGAACGGCGAGCGGCGAGGGAGCAGAGCGGCUGUUCCCGCCCGCUGUUCGUGGGGGGUGAGGGCAGGAUGGCGGCCGCACCGAAUUCCUUGGAAACCGAGGAACAGGCAAAGCUGCGAUUCCAGAUGGAGCUGGAGUUUGUUCAGUGUCUGGCGAACCCGAAUUACUUGAAUUUCUUGGCUCAGCGAGGCUAUUUCAGAGACCGAACGUUCGUCAAUUACUUCAAGUACCUGCUGUACUGGAAGGAGCCAGAGUACGCCAAGUACCUGAAGUACCCCCAGUGCCUCCACAUGCUGGAGCUGCUGCAGUAUGAGCACUUCCGCAAGGAGCUGGUCAAUGCCCAGUGUGCCAAGUUCAUCGACGAGCAGCAGCUGCUGCACUGGCAGCAUUACUCUCGGAAGCGGGUGAGGCUGCAACAAGCCCUGGCAGAGCAGCAGCAGCAGAACAAUGCAUCUAGCAAGUGAGAGAACGGCAGCCCGGGGAGGGGAGGGGAGAGCGAGAGGAAAGGCUCUCACGGGAAACAUACAGAGACUUUCUUCUGGCAGCAUUGAGGAGGGUCUGGAGCAGGAAGGAACCCGUCCUUGGAUAUUUGUGUCAUAAACAGGUCGGACUUGUGAUUGAAGGAGAGCGACGAGCAACCCCCUCCCCAUCGGCUGGAUUCACUGCUGAGAGUCGAUAUCAGUGGGACAGAACACGUCUCUCUCCAGAAGCUGUUGGACUUGUCUGGUUACCCAGUCGGGAACCCAGAAAUGUUGGUCAUUUGUAGAAGGACUUAAAGCGAUAGAAGAUGGUGGUGUUACUAGAUGUCAGUGUGCUGUGAAAGUCCACACCCAGCAAAAACUUAGUACUCCCUGUCCAAUCCAGCAGUGAAUGUAAUGAGUGUUUAGAGCUAUGUGACGUGGGGACGGUCUGUUGCUGUAUAACACCAGGGUACGGUAUCGGUGGGGACAGGUCUGUCACUGAUAACACCGCCGUACAGUACCAGUGGGGACGGGUCUGUCGCUGUAUAACACCGGGGUACAGUACUGGCGGGGACGGGGCUGUCGCUGUGUAAUUCCGGGGUAUGCUACCGGCAGGGAACGGGUCUGUCGCUGUAUAACACUGGGGCGCAGUACCGUUGGGGACGGGUCUGUCGCUGUAUAACACCGGGGUAAGGUACCGGCAGGGGACGGGUCUGUCGCUGUGUAACACUGGGGUACAGUACUUUUGGGGACGGGUCUGUUGUUGUAUAACAGUUACAUUACUGGAAGGAGUGGUGUGAAGACUUUUGAAGGGGUAUUUUUCUUUUGUUGAUGUGUGAAGGCUGACAAUGUAAACUUCCCCAGGGACAACACACUCAGCAUUGACUGGGCCAGCAGGUACAGUCAGUUACAUUUGUGUUGGGUUAUUUUGUAAAAUAUUGUAGAUUUGUUCACAAGUUGUUUGUUUAUGAUUAAUACAACAGGCUAACUACCAA